AUGUCGAGCGAGAAUGAGGGGUCCAAAGACCACACCUUACAACAGGGCAGUAAUGGUGAUCACCCUGUAACAGAUGAUUCUAUAAUUACGCCUGGGAAAACAUCCCCUGCGACCAAUUACCCAUCUCAACCUAUCGCUGAGAUGGGCAACAAUGAGCCACAAUGGUUGGAAGGAUUUCCGCUGUUGAUUAUAAUGACCGCCAUCACCAUUGUGUGUUAUUUGAUGUUACUUGAUGUAUCAAUUGUAUCGACAGCACUUCCCGCGAUUACCAAUGAAUUUAACUCCCUUCCAGACCUUGGUUGGUAUGGAGCAGCCUACCAACUUUCCAAGUAA